UCCCCGCGGACAAGUACUGGGGUGCCCAGACCCAGCGGUAAGAGCUCUGUCUAUUGCUCUCAUCUUCACGAAGACCGGGAAAUGGAAACGGGGAAUAGUACAAAGACUGACGGGGGAACAGUUCUCUGGGUAACUUCGACAUCAACCAGCCCCAGGACCGUAUGCCCGAGGCUGUUGUCAAGGCUUUCGGUGUCCUGAAGGGUGCUGCUGCCACCGUCAACAUGAAGUUCGGCCUUGACCCCAAGAUCGGUGAGGCCAUCAAGCAGGCCGCCGCUGAGGUUGCUGAGGGCAAGCUGAACGACCACUUCCCUCUCGUCGUCUGGCAGACUGGUUCCGGUACCCAGUCCAACAUGAACUCCAACGAGGUCAUCUCGAACCGUGCCAUUGAGAUCCUGGGUGGUGAGAAGGGCAGCAAGAAGCCCGUCCACCCCAACGACCACGUGAACAUGUCUGCCUCCUCCAACGAUUCCUUCCCCACCGCCAUGCACAUCGCUGCCGUCGUGGAGCUUGAGAACACCCUGCUCCCUGCCCUGCAGAGCCUCCGCGAUGCUCUCCAGGUCAAGGUCGAGAAGUUCGACAAGAUCAUCAAGAUCGGUCGUACCCACUUGCAGGAUGCCACCCCUCUUACUCUCGGCCAGGAGUUCUCUGGCUACGUUGCGCAGCUCGACCGCAACAUCGAGCGUGUUCAGGCCUCAAUCCCCCACCUCCGCUACCUUGCCCAGGGUGGUACUGCCGUCGGAACCGGUCUGAACACCUUCAAGGGCUUCGAUGAGGCCAUCGCCGCCGAGGUUACCAAGAUGACCGGCACCCAGUUCUACACUGCCCCCAACAAGUUCGAGGUCCUUGCCGCCCACGACUCCGUCGUUGAGGCCUCUGGUUCCUUGAACACCCUGGCUGGCUCUCUCUUCAAGAUCGCCCAGGACAUCCGUUACCUCGGAUCCGGUCCCCGUUGCGGUCUGGGUGAGCUGUCUCUUCCCGAGAACGAGCCCGGCUCUUCCAUCAUGCCUGGCAAGGUCAACCCCACCCAGUGCGAGUCCCUCACCAUGGUCUGCGCUCAGGUCAUGGGUAACCACGUCGCUGCCACUAUUGGUGGCAUGAACGGUCAGUUCGAGCUCAACGUCUUCAAGCCCGUUAUGAUCCGCAACCUGCUCCACAGCGUGCGCAUCCUUGCGGACGGUAUGAAGAGCUUCGAGAAGAACCUGGUGCACGGUCUCGAGGCCAACGAGCCCAGAAUCAACGCUCUCCUCCACGAGAGUCUGAUGCUCGUUACCUGCCUGAACCCCGUUAUUGGUUACGACAUGGCCUCCAAGGUCGCCAAGAACGCUCACAAGAAGGGUCUCACCCUCAAGCAGAGUGCCAUGGAGCUCAAGGCUCUGAGCGAGGAGGACUUCGACAAGUACGUCCGUCCCGAGCUGAUGCUGAGCCCCAAGGAGAAGAAAUAGAUGCAUAGACGGCGCGUUGGAUGACUAGGAAUGAGGGGAUUUGGUCUUUUUGAAUAG